AUGGCGGCGGGUCCGCGCUGGCGGGAGCGGCUCUUCGCCCUCUACUUCCUCUCGCACGUCCCCAUCACGCUGCUGAUGGACCUGCAGCCGCUGCUGCCCGCCGGCCUCCACCCGCGGGGCCUGACAGAGUUGUUACAGUGGUAUGCAGCCACUUUCAGAGAUCCCAUGAUGCUCCAGCCCCCAGAGUGGUUUAAGGCGUUUAUAUAUUGUGAAGCCUUCUUACAAAUGCCUUUCUUCCCCGUUGCAGCGUAUGCCUUCUUAAAAGGUGGCUGCAAAUGGAUAAGGACUCCUGCGAUUAUCUACUCCACCCACGUAGCUACAACUUUGUUUGCUAUCCUUGCGCAUAUCCUGUUCCACGAUUUCUCAAAGUCUGAGCAUUUGGGACCUCAGACACAACGUGAGCGCCUAAUUCUGCUAUCUAUAUAUGUGCCAUACUUGCUGAUACCACUUCUGAUUCUUUUUACCAUGCUGUACAACCCACACUAUAACCACGUGGAGAAAAGGAAAAGGAGGUAGUCAGCUUUAAGAGCUGCACGCACAACACUCGUCCUGGUUUUGAUUCAGACCCUGUGCUGACGUAGUCCUCUGGGACAAACAUCUGCCUCGUGGUGUUGGCUGCAACAGCGAUUGCCAGAGCAGCUGGCUCCUGCAAGAAGAAACUGAAUUGGUUGUGGAGUUUACAGCGCCUCUCUAAUCAGAAAUAGCUUUGGCAGACGCCUGUGUCAGCAGUUCCGUGCGGUUUCUGGGCACACACAGGUGAAGGGACCUCGCUCCUCUCCCACUGUCGGUUUUGUGCGGUACAUCUGCAAUAGGAAAAUAAAUAACCAUUUGAUGUAUAACUGUGUGAUGGGGGGGGGAAACUACAGCUGAUACCUUUCUUUCACGUUCCCUUUUUCCAAGAUGACUCUUACAAAACCACUUAAGAAAUUUGUCUUCCAAGAGUAUAUGCUGCAAAAUCCGUAACUGAUGACAGAUUUGCAAAGCUAUGCUUUUGAAGCAUUUCAAAUCAUAAUAAUUCUUAACUUCCUCACCCAUUCCUUUGCUUUGCUUCAAUUUUGAUUAACUGUAGAUGGCUGAUCAGUGGUAAGUGUGCCAAAAUCUGGAUUUCUGAAUGCUUGAAGUGAACUUUGUUGACCAUGAGGCAUACUUCCUAGAGGAUUCUGAAGUACUUCAGGAAUUGUCAAAAAGGAUUUGUAAAUUUUUCUCUUCCAUGAAAUCACUUUUAGUAUGGCAAUAAAUAACUAAAUGCAUCCAAACUGCAUUUAAUGUUCUUAAGGGAAUGACUAAAAGGAACUCUAAAUGACCACGAGA